AUGGUUUCGGCAGCUGACGGAGCUGACCUAGACUGCCGAGGACAGCCAUCAGGGGCCGGCAACGACUCGCCCCGCGCGCGAUCGCGAGCGACGCCGAGGCAGGCACUCCCAAAAGUCUACGGGACGUUUUUCGAGAGAAAGUACAUCGUUAAAAGUUCCCCGCUGUUUCCGGAACUGCCUCAACGGGACCGCUCUUCACGGGCGACCUCCCCACGCUCUUCGGGGGCUUCACCAGCAGUUCGCAGCUGCCCGAUGACUACUGACAAUAGUCGCCAACCUGGUCCAGCCACGAGUUUACUUGUACAACGCACAUCUCCUUCAACUCGUCUCCAUUCUCGAACAGUGCCUGCCCUCGAGGAGCCUUCACCGGAUACAGCGAGUAGGCUUCCCGGUGGUGAUGGAAACGACACGACGAACAGCGGCCCCCACACUGCUGGGGCGCCCCUGGCGUCUUCCCACAUGGAAGAAGCAAUCGACCUCUUCUUGGAGGAAGAAAGACUCAUUGAAGACCUCGGCCGCAUUCAACCAGUGGAGAUUGACUCCGUGUUCCUAGAUAAGGCACACAGCGGGGCCGCCCGGCUCACUGUGACAAGCAACAGAGACUGCGCAACUUCUCUGCCUCGUACCGGUCCGUGUGACCCACGCGUGAGCCAAGUUUGCGCGGGACAGUCAAGACAAAACGGAAAAAACGUGGAUGCCAAUCUCGCGAGCAGCAGCAUCUGUUCAGUUGGAAGCCGGGCCACGGUCAGUGCUACAGCAGCUGUGGUAGUCGCAGGCGACUCACCUGGGCAGGUGUCCACUGUAUUGCCUGCUUCUGGGGUCGGAGCCUACAAUAGCAUUUCCUUGACAAAGGCUCAAGCAACGGCAGACGGCAGACACGUGAUUUUGACGACGCUUGAGUGGGAGCGAUUCAGGCGUAUUGUAACCAAUCUUCUGUCGACAAACAUGGAACUUCGGUCCAAGCUGCGGUCGACCCAGCAGCAGUUCCGCCAAUUGGAGUAUGCAGGCAACCUCGAACAGACUGUAGCUCGUCUCAAAUGUGAAGAGCUCCAGAUUCGCAGAAAACUCGCCGCCCGUGACGUAAGUUUUGCCGACGACUACUCUCUCCGCGCGAAGCUUUCGGAAUGCCGAGCGGCGCUCGAGGGGUUCGAUGCCAGUGUAGAGAGCUGCGAGUCCCAGGCUCGGAGUUUCCGGAACCUCGAGGAGCUCCUGGGACAGGCAAUUCGGCGGGUGCAGGAGAAACAGCAGCGGCCAUCAACCAAAGGAGGUGCCCCCUUCCCAGCAUCACAAUCACUGGGAAGAAAUUCAGACCAGCAUGCUGAAAGCACAGCGUGGAACUGUCCGCGGGGGUGCGCUGAGGUUCACAGAGAAGUCCGCGUUUCAUCUGACCGAUGUUUCAUUGUUUCCAUCCACUUAAGCUGUCCGCGCAGAGGGGAUCAAAAGGCAGCGAAUCGCCCAGCAUCACUUCAGAGAUCCCAGCUGCACGGGGGCCUCGAUGCUGAGAGCGGGCUUUCGAGUCUCGGACCGACAGCGGAAAAUAGAGAGAGCGAGACAUGUAGGGGUCGCCUAGGAUUCAAGAUAGAACCUUGUCCCUCAGUAGAAGCCGCUAGGAUAUUGGACAAAGGCAUCUCAACCGUGCCUGAGUGCAGCUCUACAGAAGGAUAUCCCACGAGGGCCGCCGACAGCACUCCAAGGACGUUCCACGACCUCCAGCGAUCCGUGCUUUCGCGAGAACUCGACACAAGCCUCUCGGACCAGGAGGCACAGCUUAUCUUAGUCGUAUAUGACACCAAGUCGUCCAACGUGCAGAUUCAAGCGUUAGAUAUGCGGGAAUGGCCCCACGACCCUAGUCGCGAGUUUCUCGAGGGCGUCGUGCAGCACGUUCUGUCAAAUUUGCAGAUAUGUGGAACCGGCGUCUCCACGGACGUGCAGAACCAAAACAUCACAACCCCGGUGCAGGAAAGUAGUCGGGAGCCGCACGCCAUCAGCGAACCUGUGACACUGUGCUACCAAAAGCCGACGGGAUGCGCGGGCAAGCCUGUCUCCCAAGAACAGUUCGACGAGUCUUUUUUCGAAGAGACGAACGAAAUGCUCGUCUAUCGUGGCUAUCACGAUAUCGGUGGAGAGGCAGACUGUGCGGAAGGGCCAUCCCACUUCUUCGUCUUCCUCUACCAGCGUUCUGGCAGGCACCUGGUUGCCCGCCUGUUCAGCCCGCGAUCUGCGCAGCUGCUAACGGCCUGGAUCGACACGCAUUGUGCCGCAACUGAGUAUGAGAAAUUCCUCGCGCGCAGCCGCCGCGUCUGUAAAUCGGCUUACGCUCCUGCUACCGCCGCGGGUGAAUUUGGAAAAGCCUGCAGGCGAACGGACAACGACGUGACCUUGUCAGCAGGUCUUCUUCGCUUUAUUGCGUCUAGGCUGAGGCAUGAGGACGGGCAUUUGGUCCUCGAACGCGUCAACCUGGAGACCGAGGAGGCACAGCUGCCAUACCCGUCUCCGGGACCAUCGGCGAGAGGAGAGGAUUCGGAAGCAGUCUCCCAGACGCCGCCCAGCCCAGCACACAGGACGCUGUCUGUGGGGGAGCAACUCGGCCUUCUGGACACUCUGUCCCUUCCUGAAAAUACCUCAGGUUUCCAGGCAACUCUCACGUUUCGGCAUCCGCAGCUCGUGGAAAGAGUCCCCACAGAAGCAGGAGCAUCCGCACACCCAUUCUUUGUGUUUAUCCGCUCCAGGGUUAGUCCUCUCGCUGCACCCGAGAGUGUCUCAUUUGUGGUGUACGACCCCGCGGCUUCCUGGUGCGCCGAGAGCAGCUUUCGUUUGCUGGAUGCGGUCCGCCUAGUGCACUCUCGACAGAGAACGUUCCUGCAGAAGCUCCACCUAAAGCAAGAAUUACUCGAGCAAAUCCUUGAAGAACUUUCUGCCCGCGACGUCUGCACACCGAACAGAGGCACGCCAACAAACAUAAUCCACAACAAUGAGCAUGAUGAGGAGCCACGCUCCCAUAAGGUACACAAGAUAUCCACGCCGAUUUCACCCCAAGUGGAACAGUCAGACGAACAGACAGAGCUCCGGGCCAGCAGUGAAGGAUCAAAUUCUGUUUCUCUGCAAAAAGCCGACGCUGAUGCAGAGAGAGAGACCGGCGGAGACGAGCAGCACGCGCGCCCACACGAGUGUGCAAUUUCUCAAAAGGCACGGGCUCUUCCGGCCCUACCGCGACCGCAGUGGGUCGCGCUUCUCCAAGAAAUUUAUCGCGACUUAAAGUUAACAGAAAAUUCGUUGGUCCUGCCCGGUAUCUCUAUCGGGCCAGUCGCAUCGUCUGUGUGA